AUGUGUGAAUUGAAAAGCUUCCAUCUAUGGCUUCUCCAAGUUCUAGCCCUCUUGGGCAUCCUUGCCUUCCUUCUUUGGUUCAUAAUGCGUCCAAAAAACCCCACUUAUACCGUCGUCGACUUCACCAUCCCAACAUCAAAUACCACCAUUGUGUCUGUGAUCGAUCAAGGAAACCAAAAUAGCAUCAUCUCAUAUAGCCUUGACAUUGAAAAUCCAAACAAAGAUGCCAGCAUUUACUAUGAUGACAUUAUUUUGACAUUUCUAUUUGGACAGGAUACUGUGGGUGAGAGAACCAUACCUUCUUUCCAUCAGGGAAAAGGUAGCACCCACCACCAUGUUGACGGCUUUAAUACGAACCCAAGGGUUUGGAAAGCUCUUCUGAAUGCAGUAUCAAAUGCAACGGCAGAACUGAAGGUGGGUUUGGUGACUAAAUUUCGAUACCGAAUGUUGGGUCAUAAGAGCAAGCAUCAUGAGGUGAAUGUGCAAGCUCCUCUGCCAAUUGGCCCAGAUGGGAAAAUUUCAGGGAAGAAGAAGUUAGGUAAACAUUCCAAGAAAUGGAGAACAAGGGUGACAUGAUUUAUAGAAACAACUGCAAAUAUAUUAUCCAGGUUUUUUUCACUUGUACAUACCUAUUUAUUUCAUCCUCAAAGGCAAGAAUUUAGCAUGCUGACAA